UCUCCACCGCUUACGAUAUUUGGAUAUCUGGUAAGCCACUCUAGUUAUAUUAGGUUUUGGGCCCCACCGGAAGAAAAGAAAGGUUUAUACCAUGGAUUUCUCUACAAAAAUAGGUAUCGGGAAACUUGUGGGUAGGGAAAACUGGUCUAUAUGGAAAUAUCAAAUUUCUAUUAUGCUAGAAGGUACGGUAGGUGCCUUAGAUGCAGUAGAAGGAAAACUCCAAAAACCAGUUCUAACUGCAGAAGCAGAUGAUGCUGCAAAAAGCGACUAUAACGAUGCUAUGGCUUUGUAUAGGAGGACUCAGAGCGGCGCUCUGCUAAUGCUCACUACAAACAUAAACGAAGAUACAUUAAAAAAGAUUAUGCAUUAUAGAACUGCACACGAAGUUUGGCAAGAGCUACAUAGACUCUUUGAUGGACAAACUGAGGACAGGGCAUACAAUUUGUGUCUCAAGUUUUUUGGAUUUAGUCGCAGUAAGGAGGAUGAUAUACCUACUCUAAUUGCAAAAUUAAAAAACAUGGAAUGACUUAAAAGUCGAAAAUUUAAAAAUUGACACAACUGCCAUACUCCCUGAAUUGUUCCUGAUUUGUAAAGUUUUAAAUACGCUCGAUGAACGGUAUUUUAACUUUAAGUCAAGUUGGCUAAUGCUGAAACAGUCUGCAAAGACAAUAGAAAGUUUGACGAGUAA